UCACUCACUGCACUAGCUGCAGCAUUCACUGCACUGCAAUAUUGACCAUAGCCACGCCUCCCAUUUCUGCACACUCAUCAGUACAAUCAUGACCUCGAUCAUGACGCCUCUUUUUCUUCUUCUCUUCUUUUCCAUCCAUUACUCGGAAUCAUUCCAGCCUUUCUAUCCUCCAUCCGAAGCAAGUAAUCCUGAUACGAGGGUUAACCUUUCCAUUGCUCUUCUUAUGUCCUUUGGUGGUGCUUUCAACAGCUCUGGAGCUGUACCUGGCAUUCAAGUGGCAUUGGACCUCAUUAACAAUGACACCGAUCUGCUACCAGGAUAUAGACUAGGCUAUCAGCUAAUGGACUCUCAAUGUAGCCACAGUAUAGCACUCAAGUCUUACUUCCAACAAGUGUUGUAUGGUACGCCUAAAGUUGCUCUCAUGGGAUCAGGUUGCUCCCUUGCUACUGAGCCAACGGCUGACAUCAGUCACUUUUAUAAUUUAACACAAGUCUCAUGUGCCUCUUCCUCUUCUGAGUUAGCUGAUCGUGUUCGUUUCAAGUCUUACUUUCAGAUGCUACCUACUGAGAUUGAUUUAGCCAGUGGUUUUGUGUCAGUGUGCAUUCAAAAUGGCUGGAGACACUUGUCUAUUAUUAGUCAAAACGAGAAUAUUUUUAUAAAUACAAUAAAUCGUCUCAAAGUAUUGCUACCACAGUACAAUAUUACUCUACACAUUGCUUCAUUUGAUACUGAUGAUGGGCCUCUAUCACUGGGCAAUGCACUUUUUGAAGAAAGAGCAAGGAUAUUUUUUCUUGCAAUGUAUGCUCCAAUGGCCAGGAAAGUCCUAUGUAAAGCACAUGAGGAAGGACGGUUGUAUCCUCGUUACACGUACUUGACUUACGGAUGGUAUACAAGUCAAUGGUUAAUAGGGAAUGAUACUUCAUGCUCUCAGAGUGAUCUUAAUGCCAUUGUAGAAUACUCAUUAGCUGUUACACAGUAUCCUGACACUGCUAACAAAUCAUAUGUCACUGAUGCUGGGAUUACUCAUGAUGACUUUUUUAAGUUGUAUGAUGAAAGAAGAAAAGAGCUUGGAUACUCUUACCUGAUCAAUAGUGAGCACUGCUUUGAUGGAAUGUGGUCUAUUGCUUUUGCUCUCAAUCAAACAAUCAAUGAGCUUAAUAGCAAUGCUACUCUCAAUAGACUGGCUGCAGAGGCUCAGGAACUCAACAGUUUUAAAAUUGAGGAUUUCACUUACAGGAAUAACAUUGUAAAGGAUAUAAUGUUCAAGUAUCUGUCAAGAACUAGCUUUAUUGGAGUUACUGGGCCAGUGUCAUUUACAAGUGAUGGAAUAAGAACUGUCAAAAGACUAAGAGUACUACAAUAUAGAAAUGGAACCUUACAAGAAAUAGCAGCUAUAAUAGUCAAUCAAGACAACAGCCUUCAAUUCAAUUACAUUGAAAAUGAAAGUGAUGCUACAGUUUGGCCACUUGGAGUCCCUUAUGAUGGAGUAGCAACAAAUGUAACAGUUUCUGUAUCCAUUUCAAUAACAGUUAUAUACUCACUGCUGGCUGGUUGUGGUAUAGGGUUUACUGUUGUAUGUCUGAUAUUCAAUAUAUUCUUCAGAAAAAACAAGCUUAUUCGAUUGUCUAGUCCUAAACUGAAUUAUUUCAUUAUUGCUGGAGCUAUCAUAAUGUACAUGAGUGUCAUUGUAUAUACUCUGCCUAGUGAAUCAGAACUGGGCAACACUGUACUAUGUAAUUUAAAGCCCAGACUCUUUUCUCUUGGUUAUUCUCUUUGUUUUGGAACAAUUCUGGCCAAAAUGUGGCGAGUUUACUACAUAUUUACAAACCCUAAUAUGAAAAAGAAGAGUGGUAUUAAAGACUGGCAUCUCUCACUGUUUGUUCUGGUGGUUAUGAUCAUUGAUCUUUUACUAAUAACAAUACCAACUGCUUUUGAAGACGCUCGCAAUACAGCAAAAUUGAUAGAAAGAAAAGAGAAUCCAUCAGAAGAAGAAGGAGCUUUAGGUUACAGGACUGACUAUUACACUUACAUAUGUGAAUCCAGAGGGCGUGACAUAUGGCUAGGGGUACUGUAUGGAUUUAAAGGCGUACUCCAAGUUGCUGCUUUAUUCCUAGCCUUUGGUACUCGGAGGGUUAAAGUGAAAGGACUGAAUGAGUCAAAGUUUGUUGCAGCUAUUAUCUAUAUCACAAGUGUUGUUUUGGCUAUCAAGAUCAUAGCAGCUAUCACACUUAAUGAAUAUGUUAAUGUGUUUUCGUUCCUUUUUGCUACGUGUAUACUAAUCACUGCAACUACCACACUUGGAUUGAUAUUCAUUCCUCAGAUGAUUGGUUUAUACAGAGAUCCCACUGGAGCAAACAUUUUUUAUAGAGAAUCAGCUGCACCUUCUUCAGCUGCUGCUGUUGCUGCCACUGAAACUUUCAAAACAAUGAGUUUAACAGGAGAAAAAGAAAUCGAAAUCAGCAAUGACCCAUUCCUCAGUGACAAGGAAAAGAUUGAAAUGUUAACUAAAAAAAUCAAAGAACUGGAGAAAAACUCAAAUGAGGUCAGCACUAAAGAGUGAACAGAGGAUACAAAAGACUCCAAAAAAGAAUUAUUAUCAAUCCCAGUAAUUAUUCUUGUAUAAACACUAAUUCAUAAAACAAACAAAUAAACUGUAGCAAAAUUUUUUAAUUCCACAAAAAUUUUUAUUGUCAUGCAACUUGAA